AUGGCAAGUAACUCGCGAGCCGGUUCUAUUGACUUGCGAAGCAGAAACGUCCCAUUACGACCAACUGGCGACGUUUCCAACCCAGCAGGCGACUCUCGUCAGAACACGCCUGCUACGCAACCAAGCGAUCAUGAUGCCAAUCCUGACAUCCGUGGGAAUUCUGACAACACUGUCGGCGGAAACAAUGACCGCCGGAGCGUCGCACCUGACCACCCUCCACCUGCAGGCGAAGACCCUCGCUUCGCAGGCUUGACUCAAGUCCAACGCUAUCGACUCCUAGAGCUUGAUGCUGAGAAGCAGCUAGUCGUCGAAAAACUCAAGCUGACCGAAAUGCAGAAUGUGCGAGGACAUCGCCGCGAGCAUAGCGAUGAUCACUACCGUGAUUCGAGCCGCAAGAAGGCAAGCGUCAUUAAGGUGCCUGACACGCAGCACCUCAACAACUAUAACUCGACAGUCAUGUUUCUUUAA